AUGUCGGAUUCCCACAGAGUGACAUCUAUUGCGGUGCCGGAGUUUGUGACGGUGAUCAUUGCCAAAGUUGUUUCAGAGUUCCACUCGUCGAUUACUCUAAUACAGAGACUUCCAGGAGGGAGUCUCAUUAUCAGGUACAUCAGAUCGUCUUAUAAAAAUGAUCCAAUUAGAUCGUUGUUUGAGCUGGCGCUUGCUCUUUUGGCAUUGUACUACUUUUUCAGUUCCAGAUACUCUCAGUCGGAACAGGAGAUGAUCAAGCUGUCCAACAGAGACGUGGACGAGCUUGUGGACGACUGGAUCCCCGAGCCUUUGGUUCCUCCAAUUGGUGAUAAUGAAAGGUGGCAGGUUGACUCGAUCCCUGUCACCAAGGGUGGAAUUUCGGGCAGGAUCACUCUGCUGACGCCGCAAGGCACCGAGCUCAAGAACGUGAUGAACCUGAGCUCCAGAGACUAUCUGUCUAUGAGUACCAACAAACUGGUUGCAGAGAAUUGCAAAGCCGUGAUCAACAACUCCGGAGUUGGAGCAUGUGGUCCACCCAACUUCUACGGAACCCAAGAUGUUCACGUGAGAUUUCAAGAGGACAUUGCUGGAUUCCUCGGGGCAGAGGAAGGAAUCAUUUAUGGACAGGAUUUUGCGACGCAUUCCUCGGUUCUACCUGCAUUUUUGAAAAGAGGAGACAUCGCUGUUGUAGACGGCGGUGUCAGUGUUGCACUGCAGAAGGCUGUGUUGAUUUCGCGUUGCUCUAUUGAAUGGUACAACCACAACGACAUGGACCAUCUGGAACAGGUGCUAGACAGCUUGAAGGAAGAGUUGUCUGAGGGACCAAUUACGAGGCGGUUCAUAGUCACUGAAGGUUUGUUCGAUAACUUUGGUGACUCGCCAGAUCUGGCUAAAAUCGUGGAAUUGAAGAACAAGUACAAGUUCAGACUCUGCCUUGACGAGACCAACUCCAUCGGUGUUCUUGGACCAAACGGAAGAGGUCUUCCCGAGCAAUAUGGAAUCCCAAGAUCCAUGAUUGACGUCACUAUUGGUUCCAUGGCGCUUGCGUUGGGUUCCUCGGGUGGAUUCUGCGUUGGUUGUACUGCCAUGAUCCAGCACCAGGUUCUGAGUUCGAACGCGUAUGUUUUCUCUGCCGCGUUGCCGCCUUAUUGCGCCAAAGCCGCUUCAACAGUGCUCAAGUUGCUGGAGCAAGACCCCAAGCCGCUCACUAAACUUCAGUCCAAUUGUCAAUACGUUCACGAUCUCUUCUCUAAAACUAGAGAACUUUCUAAGUUCGUGACGGUGGUUUCCAAGCCUUAUUCCCCAGCCUUGCAUCUCAGAAUUAGCCCAGCCAUCCGUGAAGCCCUGGAAUUACCCGAAAGUUAUGGAGGUCCCGGCUCGAAGAUCGCCAAAGCCGUCAAGCAGGGCAAGGAAGAGGAUUAUUUCGACGAAUUGUACAACAGAGAGUCUUAUCUUUUGCAGAAGAUAAUAGAUUCUGUUCUAGAGCAUGGCAUCCUGAUCUCGAGAUCAAAGCGGAUUUUGCACCACGAGAUUCUGCCCAUAGUUCCCGAGCUGAUUGUGUCCAUCACAAACGAGUUCUCCAAAGACGAGCUCAAAAAGGCUUUUGCGGUGAUCAAUAAGGCCAUUAUUGGCCAUCUCAAGGACCUGAACCUUGAUGAAUUCGACAGCUUGAUUUAA